AUGAUUUCUGCUGUAUUAAUCUGUCAGUUAUUUCGCUGUAUUACCGUCAAAGCAAAAAGCAGUCUUUACUACCUUCCCGAGUGCUUCUUUAAGUGCAAUCUAAAAGUUGUUCAGGAAUGUUUUAAUUUCGUUCGUUUUAGAAGUGGUGAUGCAACAGUCGAUUUACAGACGUUGCGGAAACGAGAAAAAAAGUGGCUUCAUAUGCUUACAAACUGGUCGUAUUUUAUGGACCACAAAUAUGAGAAAGUGAGAGAACGUUGUCGUAAAGGUAUACCGUCCUCACUGCGUGGUCGAGCUUGGAAACAUUUAUGUGGAGCUACUUUUCAUAUGGAAUUUAGUGUGAACAAGCAUGUUUUUGAAGAAGUCAGCAGUCAACCUGGAGAUCCUCGAUGGGUUGAAGACAUUAAGAAAGAUUUGAAUCGACAAUUUCCGGAACAUGUUAUGUUUUCUCGCACUGGACCAUAUGGAGAAGGAGGGAAGUCAGACUUGUUUGAAUUACUGAAAGCAUAUACUGUGUUACAUCCUGAAGAAGGAUAUUGCCAAGGACAAGCUCCAGUUGCAGCUGUCUUGCUAAUGCAUAUGCCGUUACGAGAUGCCUUUUAUUGUUUUGUGCAGAUUUGUCACAAAUAUUUGCCUGGUUAUUAUAGCGUGGGCUUAGAAGCUAUACAAAUCGAUGGCGACAUCUUAUUUCAAGUGCUGAAAGAAAAAUCGCGAUUCAGUUACAGACAUCUAAAAAAACAUCGUGUUGAACCAGUAUUAUACAUGGUUGAAUGGUUCAUGUGUAUUUUUUGUCGAACUCUUCCUUGGCCAACAGUACUUCGUGUGUGGGAUAUGUUUUUUUGCGAAGGUAUCAAAGUGCUCUUCAAAGUGGCUGUAAUUUUGUUCCGUUAUGGACUCCGUAGCAAUGACCAGUUAAAAGAAUUUAAUGAUUUUCAUUCCAUUGUGACACGACUGAGGCAUUUACCAGAGAAAAUAAUGACGGAAGAUUUUCUUAUUCAAAAGGUUAUAGAUCUUGAUUUGGAUGAUGCUGAACUGGAGAGGAUUCAUCAUCGAGCAAUGAAGACACGACAGUUAAGACUAACUAUUGAUUGA